UCAUUCACAUUUCUGGCGAAUUCUUGUCACACAAUUCAGAAAGUGUAGAACUUCCUUAUGGACACAAUUUUACAGAGCUAAUCUCAAUCAAUUAAAUAAUGAUCACAUUGCUCUCAGCGCGCAACAGUUUCCCGGGUCUGGAUCGGUGUGGCACUAGGACCCAUAGCCGAUUUAUUCACUAGUGCGCUACUAUUGCCACUGAGAGGGCACCUCGUUCACUCCCUGGGUCCACCGUCUGCACGUGUCUGUCAUCCGAAGUGGAUAUGGCUGCGAACCGGGUCGGGAGGAGGUGUAACAACAAAGUCCAUUCCCCGAGUAGGGGUCCAGGGAGGGACCCGGGGCUUAGCUUGCAGAAGCGGCAAGCACGGGUCACGGUAAAGUACAACAGAAAGGAGCUCCAAAGGCGCUUGGAUGUGGAGAAGUGGAUUGACUGUAGUCUGGAGGAGCUCUAUGUGGGUAGGGAGGAGGAGAUGCCAGAGGAGGUGAACAUUGACGAGCUGUUAGACCUGAAGAGUGAUGAGGAGAGAACUCACAGGCUCCAGGAAAUGUUUCACACCUGCAACAACAACACAGAGGUAAGUGAGGUUUUCAUCAAGGAACUGGUGUUGAAACUCCAUGGGCUGCAGAAACAGGAGGACCUCCACAAUGAUGGCAUCGAACAACCCCAGCUACACAUCUUCCCCAACCGGCAAAACUCUGCAGACCGAGAGGUGAUCUGAAGGCCCUGUUAUGUUACCCUUCAACCCCAGAACCCAAUUCCCCAGCCCGAUGCCAUGGACCUUGCGGGUCUAUACACUGUCAAAUACACAUUAAACAGCUAGCCAGAUCGGACAACUUAUCGCAAACAUUGCAGACACCUUAUCUUCUGUCCACACGCACACACACAAACAACCACAAUGCACAGGCAGUCCCGCAACAUUUGUACCUCUACAAUGUCAAAUGAAUUAUGUUUUAUUUUUGUUAACUCAGUGUCAGAAAUGUGUGAAAUGCUGCUCUCUGUUGGGUCGCUACCGUUACUUGUGUUCUGUGUUUCCUCUAAUUGUUCUACUGUUCUCUCUUUUUUCAAGUAUAUUAUAUAAUGCUUUUAUUGGAAAAUCCAUUAAGGUAUCAACUGUUGGUCUGUGUCUUAUGUUGUGAGAUGCACCGCUGAUUCUGUUUAGCUCAUAAACCAGAACCAAAGAGUCCAGCAACAUACUGUAGAUACCAAUGUCAGUCUGAAGGUAAUAAAGACAUUACUGAGCUUUCAUAUACCCCAAUGGGUUAGUCGACGGUACCUAGCUACAAGCAGGCCUAUCAUAUUUUAAAACUGUGCAUCCAGUAACAUGAGACAAUAGUUAAUGGGGUCAACUGAAAAAAAUGAUAUAUAUUAUAAAGGGGAGAAAUAUUGUGUUGUGAUAUUCCCAAUGAUUUUAAUGACCAUAUACAUAAAGCUACAAAGGAUAUUUUUUUUAUGAAGGCCAAGCAGUAUUACUUGGUAGGUUGUCAACUGCCACUCACAAAGUCUGUUUAGGCUACUAUUAAGGAUAAUUUAAGAUCACACAACAUUUAAGCUGUCAGCAAUACCAGGUAUUUUAUUUCUUACCAAAGUGUAUAUCUAUAGAUGGAGUGCUGAGGAUUUUCAGUCUGCUAAAGGAUAGUAACCCAACUGCUUUACUGUGCCCCUAUGUACCACCUCAGGUACACAAUGUUUCCUAAUGUGUUGUUUUUUUAAACAUCAUUUUCAACACUGUUUGUAAAUGUGUAGUUCUCUGUUGGUUGGUUGUAUUGAUUGUAUAUUGGUUUAAAUACAUUUUGAAUUCAACGUU